CGGGCGGCGGCGGCCGGGGAGCAGCGGGAGCCGCGGCGGCCGCGCCAUGUGGCUGCUGGGGCCGCUGUGCCUGCUGCUGAGCAGCGCCGGGGAGAGCCAGCUGUUGCCUGGGAAUAACUCCACCAACGAGUGUAACAUUCCGGGAAACUUCAUGUGUACCAAUGGACGUUGCAUCCCUGGGGCGUGGCAGUGCGAUGGGCUACCGGACUGCUUUGAUGAGAGUGACGAGAAGGAAUGCCCCAAGGCCAAAUCCAAGUGUGGACCGACUUUCUUCCCUUGUGCCAGUGGCAUCCACUGUAUCAUAGGCCGCUUCCGAUGCAACGGAUUCGAGGACUGUCCAGAUGGCAGCGAUGAAGAAAACUGCACUGCAAACCCUCUACUGUGCUCCACGGCCCGCUUCCAUUGCAAAAACGGCCUCUGCAUUGACAAGAGCUUCGUGUGCGACGGAGAGAACAAUUGUCAGGACAACAGUGAUGAGGAGAGCUGUGAGAACUCUCAAGAGGCGGGCAGCGGGCAGGUCUACGUGACGCCGGAGAACCAGCUGCUCUACUACCCCAGCAUCACCUAUGCCAUCAUCGGCAGCUCCGUCAUCUUCGUGCUGGUGGUGGCCCUCCUCGCCCUCGUGUUGCAUCACCAGCGGAAAAGAAACAACCUGAUGACGCUGCCUGUACACAGGCUGCAGCAUCCCGUGCUUCUGUCCCGCCUGGUCGUUCUCGACCACCCGCAUCGCUGCAGUGUCACCUACAACGUCAACAACGGCAUACAGUACGUGUCCAAUCAGGUCUACCACAACUCCCUGGACUUGGACUCCCCUCCCUCCUACUCAGAAGCCGUGCUGGACCAAAGCAGACCCCCGUGGUUUGACCUCCCUCCUCCCCCUUACUCUUCAGAAGGUGACUCCUUGAGUCAGACAGAGCUGCCCCCCUACCGUUCCCGAGCCGGGAGCGCAGCAAGCUGCAGCCCAGCAGCAGAUGGUGGCCUCCUCGGCGUCUCCAGCAGUCAGCCCCAGGACAGCAGCAGCUACAGCAACCGCCCUCAUCCAUCUCCAGAGAGAACGCCAGAGCCAAGUGACUCACUGCUCAGCUCAGGCACAACGGGGGACCUGUAAAUUUCCAGUCCUUUUUUUAAAGUCCAUAUGGGUUAAUCUACUGUGGCUUGUUACCAUUUCGCUGUCUUUGUGCUUGUGGUUGGCCCUUGAUCUUUAGGAGAUCACAAGGGGAUGAGUCUGGGGGACUUGGAGGGAGGGAGAGAAAUGGGGCAUUUUUCCAAGGAUCCCUGUUGAUAAGAUUUGUGUUUUACCAUUAGGUCACCGUUGCGCUAUUUCCUGAGACUCCCAUGAUCACAUGACUCCGUAUCCAUGAUGCUUCUCUGGCUCCCCCCCACCCACUGUCUGUCCCCUCUGUCCUCUCUUCUCUGUCCCUGCCCUUUCUCCCUCUCUCUCUCUGUCUCUCCUCUCUUUCUCUCUCUCUCUGUCUCUCUCUGUCUUUGUCUCUGUGUCUCUGUCUCUGUCUGUCUGUCUCUCUCUCUGUCUCUCUCUCUCCUCCCCUUACCUCUGUUGUGGUCAUUGGAGUGUCUUGAAUUUGCUGACAGGGAGAGAAAACAGUAUUCAAAAACCCUUUCGAAGGACAGUCUUUUGGUAUGGUUUUGUCUGAUCCAAAGACCAAGAUGAAAUAGUAUGCCCUAAUGCUACUUAAUACUGCUGUGUGCUCCGGAUCAGAAUAGGGAGGUCAUAGUGGCCUGGGAGACUCUGCAAAACUGGUCUGGAAAAUAUCAGUGGCAAGCUAGGAAGUGGCAAACCUCUAAAGCACUUCACUUUUCGUGUGUCCUGGACCCCUUUGGCAGGGAGCCCUUUUCAGAAUCGCAUUUUUAAAUGCAUAAAAUAAAUAAUAAUAAUGAUAGUCACCAUUUGCAUAGCACUUUGAGAUCUGCAAAGUGCUUUACAAACAAGAUCCAUUUGACCUACCCUCCAGGUAGGUACUAUUAUUAGCCCCAUUUGCAGAUGGUGAAACUGAGGCAGAUGCAGGUGAAGCUACUUGCUUCCCCCAGGGUCACACAGCUAGUAUCUGAGGUCAGAUUUGAACUCAGGUCAAUCCUGACUUCAGGUCCAAUGGUCUUUCCAUUGUACCACCUAGCUGCCAUACAUUUUUAUGACAAAUAAAAUACAUAGGAUUAUAAAGGAAACCAGUGGGCUCCAGCCCCUCAAGUGUGUCUUCUGAUCCUGAGAUGGUGAAUGGCACAUAGCGAGUGCCAAGAUAAAGUGCCCAGAGUCUUCCAUCCCUUCCUGGGCAGGUUUCCCCUCCAAGCUGAGCUUGGAGAAAGUAAGACUCUUACUUGGGUCCCCUAUAAAAUGAGCUUUGCCCCCUUCUGCCUCACAACAAUCACAAUGAUCGUAACUCAUAAGAGGUGGUAUGUGUGGUAGAUAAGAGAACAGACUUUGGAGUCAGGAAGACCUGAGUUCAAAGCCUGCCUCUACUCCCACGUUGGACGUGUGACCAUAAGCAAGUCACUUCUUCGUGCCCCAGGCAACCUUCUAAGACCAAGUUGUAGAGCAGGGGCCAAGUGAUGUUUUAGGAGGUGGGGGUGAGGGUGUCCUUCUCCAGGAAUUCCCCAUAGUGAUGCAUUCACAGGUCCAAAUUUAAAAAAAGAAUGAAAGAAAUAAAACCUAAUUCUUAGUAUUUUAAAGGUUUCAAAGUGCUCUAUGUAGAUGAUUUCAUGUGAUCCUCACAACAACCUUCUGAGGAAGGUACUACAAGUAUUAUGAUCCCCCUUUACUGAUGGGAAAACCGAGGCUUAUGGGGGAUGAAGUGAUCUGUUUGUGGUCAUAUAGCUAGUAAGCAUCUGGGGUGGGAUCUGAACCCACCUUGCUCUUAUCCAUUAUGUUGAACUGUCUCUCUCUAUCACAGUCAACCCAGGCUUCUGUUCCGAACCCAUGUCGGUGAUUAGAAAUGUUGAUUUGAGGACCGUGUAUGUUGGCACCUGACUACAACAGCCUUAAGAGUGUCUUGGUUUUGAACUCUCUUGAGAGCCAGAGUUGAUAUUAGAAUGUAAAUUCCUUCAGGGCAAGGACCUAUGAGUUUGUUGCCCUCAUAUCCCCUCAACACAUAGAACGGUAGAACGGUGCCUGGGCCAUAGUUGGUACCUCAUAACUGCUUGUUGAUUUGAACUGAACUGCUAAUCCCACGUAGAUGGGCAAGCUCCCAUCAACGCCACAACACUGCUUCAUUCCCAGAGACUGUCUGUCCCUUCUCAGGCCACCAGACACCUCUCAGCAUGGGAGCCUUUUCCUCCUUUGGAAGGCAUAGGCAGCAGGCAGCCAGUGGUGGAGUCGACCAGGUCCCAUUUGGACUUCUUCCCAACCCCACCCCCAACCUAGGCCAGAAAUACAUUUAAAAUGGUGUGUUUGUGUUUUCCCUUCUAGUUAAGGGCCUAUUUAUAUGUGUAUAGGAAAGGUGUACUUUUUUUUUAAAUGCGGUCCAAAGAGAGAUAGAUGUAAAAGGAUAUUGUGCCUUUUUCAUCCGUAAACCUUUGGUAACAAGCCACACUCGACUAACUCACGUGCUAGGAGUUUGUGCACUUAACGCACUUUGGGGGCUAUUAUUUAUCAUAUUCUUGAAGGAAGUCGAAACAGAAAAAUGUUCCUCUCUCCGAUCCAAAGCACUGUGCUGGUAGGCUUUUGACCUUGACUGUGGACUGAGGAGGGAGGCCGUGGGGGCUUAGGGAGGAAAAGGAAACCUUUCUCCAUGCUGGAAUAAUGGGAGAAGUCUCUGCCCACCUCCUGGGACAGAGCCCUAUGCAACAUUUUGUCAAGUCACACUGAUGCCUGUUACAACUGGAACCGAGUGACUACGUCUUGGAGAAGCUCUGAGCCAGACCACUCACUCACCCGUGGGCUCCCUUCCUUGGUUAAAGGAAUGACAAAUGAUGUGUUUGAUCCAAAUGAGUUAUUAAAAUGUUAACUAUGGGUAAUGAGGGAGGGAUGGGGCUGAGAGGGGAGGUUUGCUGAAUUGACCUUGUUCUGAAGCAAAUGAUUUUGAGGUACUCAUAAAAGAGCUUGCUAGACACUCUGGAAUUUUUAAUAAAGGACAACUAGCCGUUUGUCUUUCUUUCUGAGAUAGCAUCAUAGUAAUUUUGUCUAUAGCCCGGUGAUUUAAAAGAAAAAAGUUCUGGUUGCAAUAUGAGCUUUAAAGAAACUUUGCCUGGGUACAUCAUCUCCUCUAAGUCAGAUUGAUUGGUUUUAUUUCAGCCCUUUGAUAGUUCAAGGGAACGUCUUCCCUCGCUCUGGAAGUUGGUCGGGGGAAAGGAUUCCAAUUUUAAUUAAUAGGGCAGUGAGCUAAUCUCAUGCUCUCUCCUGCUUCUAGACAUCUUAGAGAAGACAAAUGGUCUUCGUAGAUAAGGAAAAACUAUUAAUGAUGAAGGAAUACAGGGACAUUUUUAUUACAGAUUUGAUUUUUUUUUAAUGAAUGCCGUAAAAAUAUAAAUAGGGCCUCUGAGCUGCCAUUUUUUUUCCUUAAGUAGGCAAACAAGUGGCCAGCAGUCAUUCUUAUGUCCUUCCCAUUGGGAGAGGUUACUCCAUGCACUCCAAAAGAAAGAGAACCUGGAGUCUAUUCUAGGAAGUGAGAUCAGCUGUGUAGGCUUUUUAUUUCCCAGGACUAACUUUCCCAGAUGCUUCUGCUUCAAAAUCCCUCCUCUCCCUCCCUACCUCAACGCUGACAUUUUAUGCAAAAGAGGAAAAGGAAGGAAUGGGCUGUCAUGGUCAGUGCGUGAUGUUCAGAGUCACUGUAAACUGGAAAGGUCGUGGGUUUGGGGGUUGUGGUUGUGUUUUGGUUUUGUUUUUUUUUUUUUAAAUUUUUAUACUCUUGAAUAAACUUGCAGUUUCACUCUUGCUAA